AUGUCCAAGGAGCAACGGACAAGACCGGCACGAAAGGCACCCGUCGCUCCCACGGCCGGCAACAGAGAGACGACGCAAGUCCAAGUCCGAAACAAGGAGAAGAAAAAGACGAGCGAGAAUGGAGGAGGGGCGAAGAAUCUCCGCUACUCUCACCUGCUCGAGGGGAUGGUGGGCUGCGGGGACAUGGUCCUCCUGGAGCCGCUGACUGAGGAGAGCCUCUUGCAGAACCUCAAGACCAGAUACGAGAGCGGGGAGAUCUAUACCUACAUAGGUCCAGUGGUAGUGUCAGUCAACCCAUACCGUCAACUGAAGAUCUACACUCCCGACUACAUCGAAGAGUACACCAGCCGGAACAUGUACGAACUCCCUCCCCACAUAUUUGCAGUGUCGGACUCGUCGUACCAGUCGAUGCGGGACAGGAACCUUGACCAGUGCAUCAUAAUAUCGGGCGAGUCAGGAGCUGGCAAGACAGAAGCCUCAAAGCUGGUGAUGCAGUAUGUAGCAGCAGUGUCUGGAAAAGGUGAUGAGGUGGACAGGGUCAAGGAGCAGUUGCUGCAGUCAAACCCAGUUUUAGAAGCUUUCGGGAACGCCAAGACAAAUCGCAACGACAACUCGUCGCGCUUCGGAAAGUACAUGGAUAUUCAGUUUGACUUCAGAGGUGACCCUGUGGGCGGACUCAUCUCUAACUAUCUUCUGGAGAAGUCACGUGUUGUCGGUCAAAAUCAAGGGGAGAGAAAUUUCCACAUAUUCUACCAACUGCUUGCCGGAGCAACUGACGACGUAUUACAGAUGCUUCACCUGGAGCGAGAGGUGUUUCAGUAUCGCUAUCUCAGCGAGGGUGGCUGCAGUUAUGUUCUCACCAUGGAGGACGACAAGCAGUUCCAAGUCACCAUCAAAGCGAUGGAAGUAAUUGGUUUCUCUCCGGAGGACAUCAGCUCCGUCCUGGAGAUGCUGGCGGCCAUUUUGAACCUCGGGAACAUCACGUUCGCCGGGUACUCCUUACCCAACGGAACUGACGCCUGCAAAGUCACCGAGGGGCGUGCUAUUGGAUACGUUUGUGACAUGCUUGGUUCGUCAGUGGAGCUAAUGGAGGAAUGUCUCACCAUCAGGAGUGUCCAUACUACGAGGGACUAUGUACAGAAGCCACUCUCUGAAUCUGAGGCGGUAUUUGCAAGAGAUGCACUGGGGAAGGCAAUCUACGACAGACUGUUCACGUGGCUGGUGGGCAGAAUCAACUACAGUAUCAAGGCAAAGAGCUUAACCAAGAAGAAAGUGAUGGGUGUGCUGGACAUUUAUGGCUUCGAGAUAUUUGAGGGCAACAGCUUCGAGCAGUUCAUCAUCAACUACUGCAACGAGAAGCUGCAGCAGAUCUUCAUCGAACUCACCCUCAAGUCGGAGCAAGAGGAGUACAUCAGGGAGAACGUGCAGUGGAAACACAUUGACUAUUUCAACAAUGCAAUCAUCUGCGAACUAAUUGAGCAUCCUACCACUGGAAUACUGGCCCUUCUGGACGAAGAAUGUCUCAGACCUGGGGAGGUGACAGACGACACGUUCCUGGAGAAGCUGGAUCAGCGGUGUGCGGGGAUUCACCCUCACUACGAGAGCCGUGCCCUCAAAGCCCUCCGCAGCGAUCAGACGAUGGACCGAGACCAGUUUAGACUCGUCCACUAUGCCGGAAACGUGACCUACGGUGUGGGGGGGUUCCUGGAGAAGAACAGAGAUCUCCUCUUCAAAGAUCUCUCUCAGGCCAUGUUCGCCUGCGAGAGGCCUCUUCUCAAGACGCUCUUCCCCGAAGGCAACCCCAAGCUGCAGACGCUAAAGAGACCACCAACAAUGGGCUAUCAGUUCAGGAGCUCAGUGGCCCAACUUAUGAAGAACCUGCUCACCAAGAACCCAAACUACAUUCGAUGCAUCAAGCCUAAUGAUGUGAAGUCGGGUCGAAACUUCCACGAUGAUCUGGUGCAGCACCAAGUGAGGUACCUGGGACUGAUGGAGAAUGUCAGAGUUAGGAGAGCAGGCUUUGCCUACCGACAGGAGUACGGACAGUGCCUCGCUCGCUACAAGAUGUUGUCGGGGGAAACAUGGCCAGUGUGGAAGGAAAACCCGCGGGAAGGAGUGAAAGAGAUCUUAUCGGCAUGUGGGUGUCACGAGUUGGACUUCACCUGCGGUCGGACAAAGAUCUUCAUUCGGAACCCGCGAACGGUUUUUGCGAUGGAGGACAAGAGACGAACAAGGCUCCACGAUCUGGCCACUCUCAUCUCCAAGACUUGGCGCGGCUUCUACCAGUGGAGCAAAUUUCAGACGAUGAGGAGCUCACAGAUUACCAUCGCUGCGUGGUACAGACGUUACUAUGUACAGAAGUGGUACAUGCGGACCAAAGGAGCAGCUCUGGUAGUCCAGAAGUACUACCGAGGAAUGGUGGCUCGCAUGGAACUGAGACGACUCAAAUGGCUAAAGAGGGCGGCCUGGGCGGUGGGCGUUAUUAAGAAAUACUUCCUCGGUUGGCAGGUGCGAAAGGAGGUUCAGGAGAUGAGGAGGAGACAAAGAGAGAAAGAGGCUGUGCUCGUUAUCCAAAAAUAUUACAGGGGAUGGAAGGUGAGGGAGGAAGUAAGGGGACUGUUCAAGCAGGUGGCGGGUCCGAAGGUCGCAGUCUUCAUGUGGAAAUACAUGUGCUACAAUUUCCUGCUGACGAUCUUGAGAAAUGCCCCGAGCACUUCUCCACUGGAUGACCACUGGCCACAGGUCUCUGUCUUGUUUGAAAAGAGCAGCGAGCUGCUGAGGGAGGUCCACCACAGAUGGCCGUGUAAGGUAAUGAGGGACUACUAUCAAGCGAGACCAAAGGAUAGAAAACGAAUGAUGGAAAAACCUCGAGCCAGCAACAUUUUCAAGGGGAAGAAGAGCCUCUAUGAUCAAACGGUCGCCGUGCCAUUUGAAUCCGACCGACUCUCUCUGAGAUCUGACCACCGCUGGUCAAAAAUUGUGGCCGAGACAAACGAACAGAGAAUAAUUUGGACGGACAGAGCACACAAAAUCAACAGGAGGGAUGGGAAGGGUGUUCCCAUAGUUCUGGUGGUGACGGGAAUGUCAAUUAUGAUUCUGGAUCCCAAGUCGCUGGCCCUCAAGUACAGGAUAGAUCUGAGGAACAUCGACCAAGUCUCCGUUUCCAGUUUCAUUGACAACCUUCUCGUCCUUCACAUUAACCCCUUCAAGGCGACAGACAGGUCUUACACAAAAGGAGACUUUGUUCUAAAGACAACACACGUCAUUGAGCUGGUCACUAAACUAUCCUCCGUUGUCAAGGAAACACUCAAGAAAGAAUUGGAAGUUACCAUCAGCAACACGAUAAUAGCUCAUUUCAAGGUGGAUGAAGAUCCGUGCACCAUCACCUUCCAGAGGGACCAGACCUCAACACACAGACCCAGUCCCGUCUGCAGGAGACGCGCUAACACUCUGCAAAUCAUUGUCUAGAGAUAGCUGUCGUUUUUUAAACUCUUUACUUUCAAUACGCACGCAUCCCUACACCUUUUUACCCUCUGAUUAAUGUAUAAUUUGCGGUUCCCCAGUUUGCGCAUGCGCCACACGAAGCAUGCCCCAGCGCCCCGGCCCCGACUUAUGAAUAUAUUAUAGCAGAAACUAAACCUUGAGUUCCGUUAGCCCCGAGAAAGAGACGGUCGGAGAUGUUUCAAAGAGUGAUCAUUGUAUUCCUGCUCGUUUCAGCACUGGACGUGGGAGCCUCAGUCAAGACCGACUCAGGAGGUCUGCAUCGAGUGAGGAGAGCUGUGGAUGAUCAUGGCCACGAGGAAGAUGACCAUGCUGAGGAGGACACAGUACAGUGUGCCCUGAGCAAGGCUCAUCUGGUGCAGGCCUUCAACGACGUGUCUACAGAAUUGGAUCUCAGGGGAACCGACGACAAGGUGUGCGCUCUCCCCGUCCCCAAAUGCCAUCACCGCGAUGACGACGAAGAAGAUCACCAUGACGAUGAUGAAGAAGAUCACCAUGACGACAAAGAAGAGGCACAUGAAUAUGAAAAUGUUGAUGGUCACAAAGAAAGUGGUAGUGGUGAGGGAAGUGGGAGGAGUGGUGGUUGUGUGUCAGUGUUUCAAGUCUGCCAGGAGCUAAUCCUCCACACCGGUCUAGCCUCGUCUUCCUGCCUCGCUGAGAACUGUCUGGGGGAGGGAGAGGAGAACGCGACGACAUCUCGCAGCCAGAGUGACAGACCAUCUGCUGCUCAAGCCUAUGGUUUUGGUUUCCUGAUGGUAGCCCUGGUCAGUCUGGGAUCCCUCCUGGGGGUGCUCAUCGUUCCUCUCGUCCUCACCAAAGACAAGACCAAGACACGAUCGCUGGUCUACAAGUACCUGUACUUCUUCAUGAUUGCUCUGGGGACGUCUGCACUAGUGUCUGAUGCCGUCCUUCACCUCUUCCCUCAUGCCUGGGGGCUCCACGCCCACGAGGAGGACGAUGGACACGCCCACGACGAGGUGGGCGGAGCUCACACCAAAGUCGAGGACUUUGUAUGGAAGGGAACAGUAGCUUUGCUGGCAAUGUACCUCUUCUACCUCCUGGAGUUCCUCCUCCACGGAAUGACCAGCCACACCCACUCUCAUGGUUUCCCUACUGAUAAGGAGGAGUGUGGGGAAGAUGGAAAGGAAUGUAUUCAACUGGAUGUUGGGAUACCCCACGGAGAAUGUGGGGGAACAGUGGAGAACCCCGGCAUACUCCACCCGGCCACGCCCAGUGCUCCGCCCUGUGAGAGCGGGAAAUGUGCUUCGUACAGGCAGCCCCUAGUUAAUGGGACCUCCUCACCUACCAAGGUGCUGGGGGACAAGAGGAAGAAGAGGGGAAUUCUCGGCUGGCUGAAGGGGAUAAAGCCGCUGGCGUGGCUAAUCAUUAUCGGAGACAGUAUCCAUAACUUUGCCGAUGGGCUGGCUCUCGGGGCUGCUAUAUCGCAGAGUCUGACGCUCGGCGUGAGCACCACAAUAGCCCUUAUUCUCCACGAGCUUCCUCACGAGUUUGGUGACUAUGUGAUUCUGCUGUCCACUGGCCUGUCUUGGUACUCAGCUCUCCUUUUCAACCUCUUCUCUGCGCUGACGGCCGUGGUGGGGUUCUUUGUCGGAGUAGGCGUGGGGACGGAGAGCGAAGAGGCAAACUCCUGGAUCCUGGCCUUUGCUGCUGGUCUAUUUAUCUACAUUGCUCUUGUAGAUCUGCUGCCGGAACUGAUCCACACAAAGGAAAAGGGGAAACAUCGCUUGGGUCUGUUUUUCGCUGCAAAUUUCGGAUUCUUCUUCUCCUUCCUCCUCCUCUUCCUCCUCGCCGUGUACGAGGAACAACUCAACAAUGUUCUUUGAACUGAUUACAGUGACCCUGAGUUAAUUAGAUCGUCUCCCACGUACUACAAAUUGGUUUUGUAAAACAGCCACAAUUAUGUUAUCAGGUAAUGAUCACAUGACAGUCACCUGAGCUAGCUAUAAGGGGAAUCCCCAGUGUGUGAGGAGGAAGGAGAGAAUCACCUGUGUGGCUGAAACUGCACUCAACAUCCAUAGUGUGACAGCAGUUCUCUUGAAAAUACGUGAGACGAGCAGGUUAACGAGUAGGGGCCACCCCAAUAACAUGAGGCCGAGGUGAACGAUUCUCCGGAGUUUCCUCUGUCUACUAGCAACCCUGAGAAUCAAACCAGUUGUUGCGUCGUCACUUGUCUGUUGCUGUAGCAACCUCUGAUUAUACUGAGAGAGGGUCUGGAUUUGUUGAAGAGCUUCCUCUAGCCUCGCUCUCACCAUCCUCACCUCC